UAUUACAGGGUGGUGCACACUGGCCGGUCCCCUACUAUGUGGGCCUACAUCAUCGCGGCGGCUCGCGGGGACUCCCGGCAGACUAUGGCACGCAACCCCGAAGAAUACACCUUCUCAUACCGCGAUGGCCAAGUAUUUAUGGUGUCCGGGCCCCGAAUGGACGAGCCGGGGCCCUCCGGCGUCAGGACCAAAGAGAUCUUCGAGGACUGCAGUGCUCCCUCUCCCAAGGACUGCACUAGCCCUCUUCCCACCUCGAAAGACAUCUGCAGCAGCCCCCCAUUCUCCAGGGACCUCAGGAGUCCUCCCGUCAGCUCCAAUAACUCGUUCCCGUUGAAAUCACUGACCAGCCCUAACCCUAGAAUGGAGGAUGUGAUUGAGAUAUGCGAUGAUGAAGUAAGUGCUGUUCAUAAUUAUUGCUAG